CAGCCAAGAAGUAUAACGGCAAAAUCGUAAAAGAUAUUGGAGCGCAUUGGAAAACUUUGGCAAGAGAAUUUGGAAUUGAUCAAGGCGACAUCGACAAAAUUAUAGUUAACAAUAAUGGAUCAGUUGACGAUCAAUGUGCGCAAAUGUUGAGUAUUAAUAAGCGUAGAAAAGGUCGGAGUUACACAAAGAAAGCAUUAGUUGAAACACUCUUUAAAAGCGGGCUGCGCUCUGUAGCUGAAGAUCAUCGUAUGUGUAAAGUUAUUUCUACACGUAAAAAUUCAAAAAGGAAAUCCAAUGCUGUAAAAGAAGAUGGAAAAAGAAAAAAGAAUCCAGCGAAAUGUCAUUUAUUUCCAGGAAUGCAUCCAGCCAAAGCUGGCUAUCCAAAGGUAUCGAAUAACUGUCAAGUUAAUCAAGAUCAUGAUUUAACCUUGCCUGAAGUACCUGGAUUAAAAUUUCAUCUUCCAGCUCAGUGUAUAACAACUGAGGCCACCCUAACCAUGACUGUAUACUAUGCAGAUCCACCUUAUAAUCAAGGUUUACCAAUUCAGAAAGAUUCUGAUGGUAACCACUUUAUCCAGUUAUCGCCAAUCGUUCGCCUCGAGCCGGAUGGGUAUCAAUUUACCCCUAAUAGCACAAGGAAAGCUUUACUUCAAGUCCCCGUUCCAUAUAUCAACCAGAUAGUUUCACUUGAGAAAAACAACAACUUUAAUAUCCCAAUAAAGAUCAUUUGUCGAAGCUACGGAUGUGAGAAGUGGGAACAGCAAGAUAUAGAGUAUGAAUAUAGCCGCGAUAAAAAUGGAUAUUAUUGCCUUACUUUUGCAGUAAGCCAUUUCUCUGACUAUGCCGUCAUUUCCCGCGUCAAAUCUUCCUUUUAUUCAGCCUGCAAGUAUAUCUUUCCAUCUUGGCAGCAACGAAUUAAAACGUUAGCUUUCCUAUCCGAAAUAGACACAAGUGAUGAUACUGUCCAUAUGAAAUUAAUCUUAGCUAAAAAAGAUGAAGAUGAAACUGCUAUCUUGUCAGAUUUUCAUCAGGAAGUUAUUAGGAUACGUUUAGUUACGACUGGACUUGAAAAUACUAUUCUAGAAAAUGGUGAUUACGAAGCUAAAUUUAAGGAAGACGGUUUAGAUUGUCCGAAUGCUGAUUUAAAUAAUCGGAUAAUUACUAUCAAUUGGAAUGAGUAUAGCUAUCAUGCUAUCGAUUACGCUUGCAAGGUUAUCAAAAAAGCAGCUACUAAUAUAGCUCAAAUCUCUCUAAAGCUUGAAGACCCGAAGCGAGACACCAAGGCAAAGAUUUGCUUCUUGUUGAGAUCAAAUUCCAACAAGCCCAACCCAUCAAAGCGGUCUGAUUCAGAAAAGCUGCCUGUUCUACCCACUAAAGAUGAUUCAGCAUUAUCAGAUGGUAAUUUUGUAAUAGCGUAA